AUGGCCGCAACCGAGGACCACGACGCCGCAGCCGCACUGGUCGUGUUCCACGAGUCCCGAGCCGGCGUCCGCGGGCUCGUCGAGUCCGGCGUCACAGCAGUGCCCACAAUCUUCCUCACGGGCGCCGCGCCGUGGCCGCAGUCCCCGGUGACAGCGGCGUUCGCCAUCCCGGCCGUUGACCUCUCCCUCCCGCGCUCGGACGCCGCGGCACUCGUCCGCGCCGCGGCGCACUCCUGUGGCUUCUUUCACGUCACCAACUACGGUGUCCCGGCCGGCGUCGUCGGCUCCGCGGUCUCCGCGGCCAGGGCGUUCCACUAG